AGGAGGAGGAGUGGACUAGUCUGGAUGCUUGGCUUGCGCUGUGCUGCCGCUUUUCCCUCUUCGAACGCACCACAAGUUUUCCCCAGCAAGUUUCGCCGAAAGGACUUAGAAUAAACUGAAGCGGGGAUGGAGGUAUCGAACGCUUGGCUGGGCUGUGUGCUGUUGAGCCUUUUGGGAGGUUCGGCUGCCGGACUGGAGAUAACUUCCACAGGACCGACGUCCAUCGAGAAAGCCAGUGGCCAAAGCGUCAAACUGGACUGCAUGUUCACUUUAGACCCUGCCGACUCAGGGCCUCUGGAUAUCGAAUGGAGCUUGCUGUCCUCAGACAACCAGAAAGAAGACAAAGUGGUAAUCCUGUACUCCGGCGACAGGGCCUACGAGGACUACUAUGCCCCCAUGAAGGGUCGAGUCCACUUCAACUCUGCCGACCCCAAGAAUGGCGACGCCUCCAUCAACCUGACGGGCCUGAAAUCGUCGGACUCGGGCACCUACCAGUGUAAAGUGAAGAAGGCCCCCGGCAUUCGCAGCAGGAAGAUGCUGCUGAUCGUCAUGGUGAAGCCAUCCAAGCCCAGGUGCUAUGCAGAAGGACCCACACAGGACGGCAAAGACAUCCUUUUAAGGUGCGCGUCCAACGAGGGCACCAAACCCAUGCAAUACAGCUGGGAGAAGACCAGUGACAACAAGGUGCUGCCUGCUUCCGCUCUGAUGGACCCCAUGGGAGGCACCAUGAAUGUGAGGAACGCAUCUGGUAAAGCAUCUGGCACAUACCGCUGCACUGCCAGCAACCGGGUUGGCACUGAGGAGUGUAUCCUGUAUCUCAAUGUGACACCUCCUCCCAAUACUGCUGGCAUCAUCGCAGGAGCCAUAAUUGCUGUGCUGCUGAUGCUCAUCGUUAUUGCCAUCAUCAUCUUCUGCUGUUGCCGCGCCCGACACAGGAAGAAGUAUGAGAAAGAAAUCUGCAACGAGAUAAGGGAGGACGUGCCCCCGCCCAAGAGUCGCGUUUCGACGGCACGCAGCUUCACCGUGGGUAGCCAGCGCUCUUCCCUGGGCUCCAUGUCACCUUCCAACCUGCACGAGUACGCCCUGAAGCCCCAGUAUGACAAGAUCCCCUCGUCGGAAGAGGACAGACCUCCGAGCCACACCCCUAGGCCCCCGCCCACCGCUCCCAGGAUGGCGGGGCCCAACCUCAGUCGCAUGGGGGCCAUCCCCGUCAUGAUCCCUGCCCAAAACCGGGACGGCUCCAUUGUUUAACACAGCCUCUUCUUGCAAAGGGACCGUAUAAAAAAGGGGUAGCGUAGAGAUGAAGACAAAGCUGGAGCUGGGACAGGCUGACUGGCCUGACUUACAUACGAGACCUUACGGCUAUGAAGACCUUACUGCUGUGGUGCUGAGAAGACAACAUGGGUUUUACCGAAGUCACACCAGAGCACAUAGACUUUUUUUUUUAUCAAUCACAAAUAGUUGGCCCAUGAUUUAAAGAUACUGUACGUGUCUGUACAGCGGUAUGCCUCUAUGUGUAUAUACAGUAGAACUACAGUACAUCUGAAUGUGUGGUGGGAUGUGCAGCUAAGCCCCAAAUUAUUCACAACCCGGCCUAAGUUGGAGCUCAAGCGCUUUUCUGAACGGGUAUCUCACCAUCGCAAGGAUUCAGACAGGAUGUACUCGGACGCAAGCGGCCGCCGAGCUUAGAGAGUCAUCAGCAGGUUGCAACGCAAAUAAAAAGAAAGACGCAGCAUAUUGAAAUAUGAGUAUCGCAUUUUUAUUCUUAUUUUAAAAAAAUCUCAAGGUCAUAUUAUGAUUUUAGUCCCAUAAUAUUUUCACUUUUUUAUGGUCGUAUUACAACUUUUUCCCAACUUGUUUUAUUUUUUGUCUCAUGGUUCAGUUUUUUUUCUUUUGAGUUUUACAUUUUAUGCUGUUUGUUGUCUUAAUAUUAUCACUUUCCUCUCUUAAUAUUUUUUCUGUAUUCUUGUAAAAUUGCUGCACUUUUUCCAUUUUUUUAAAUCUUUUUUUAGUUUUCAUGUUUACCUGCAUCUGUAGAAAGUGCCAAGGACCAACAAACAACAGCUGCGGGCGGUAAACGGCCCCUGGGAAUAAAGUCAUAAUUACGAGAAGAGACUUCACAAGAAAGUUGAAAUAGUUAGAAAAUUAAAAAAAAAAAAAAAACAGCAUCAGAACAAAAGACGUGUAAUUUUAUGAGAAUAAAGUCCAAAUAUUAAGACACCAAUAAGAAAAAAAAGGCCCAACUUAACAAGAAUAAACUCAUAAUAUCAGGAAUGUUAGCAUAGAGUUGAAAUGGAAAAUUUAUGGAAAAUUAGGUUGGGGGGGUGGAAUAUGGGAAUGAAGUCGUCAUAUUACGAGAAUAACAUUUACGGGGAAAAUGGAAAUAUAUUACAAAGCUGAGAAGCACCUUUUCCUAGCAUAUCUUCAGUACGUGGGUUUACGCUAAAUCCAAGUGGCAGCCUUUCGUGGAAAAAGUCUGGACACCCCUGCGUUAGUGGUUCGGUCCACAGAACAUAUCAGAGAAGAAGCAAAAAUGUGUGUGAUGAUCUUGUUUUGCCAAAAACACAAAGAUGACCGUUCUGCUUUCAUGGAUGACAAAUGAAAUUUUCAAAAAAAAUCACAUUUGAGAUCCUGAAAUCAGAUAUUUACGUUUUUAAAAUAAAAAAAAAACAGUUGUCAAAAGGAUUCAUCCUCUGUCUCAGCAGCGUCAUUGCCACUAUUGUAGAUUUAUAGCUAAAUAGAUUGUUUUAGGAGCUACCGGGGGCUUUUACAAGGGCUUCCUAAUCGUCAGGUCAGAUCAGGGACGUGUAUUUGAAGGAAAAACCAAAGUGGGGAACGACGUUCCUUAGCAAUUCGUUGCGGUCUUUUGCAUUCAACAACUAAAAAAAUCACUUGAAAGUCCAAAUGUGGUGGAGAGUUGGAAUAAUUCGGGGCUUCGCUGCACGUGUGUGUCUGAGUUUGGGAAACGUUUGGCGUAUUUCUUUGUCUUUGAAUGCCUGCAUGAUGCUGGGGUGCCUGCUUUUGUUUGGCGGCCCACUCUUGAUGAUGCUUGGCGAGCUGGGAACUCCAUAAAUCAACAGUCAAUGAGAGGCACCGAUCCUCAUCCUAUUUAGGUCGCCAUGUUUUUCUUAAACCGUUGGGGCGUUGUCCAGUCUGGGGCAGGGUCUCCAUCGGCUGGUUGGCGAGUGGGUGGUUCAAGCCCGCGCAGCCCCCGAUUGGGUGGAUUACUGCGUCUUGACCGAGUUUAAAAAACAAACGCCUGCUUCAUCCCUCCCCUCCUCCAGAGCCCUUCACAGGAGGGGGCCAGCUGGACAACAAGGUUCACUGAGCAAUGAUUUGAUUGUUUGACUGCCAUGAUGACCAGCGGGACACAAUAUUAGGAAAAACACAGCGCCAAGUGUUCAUUUGUCAUCUUGCAGAGGCACCCCCCCUCCUGUGAGGCCAGCACAUGUAAUCCUCCUUAUGUGCAGUUGCAUUCUUGAUUAACCUUGUCUGCUCGCUCAAUAUGAAAGCUGUCACAGCCUCUGCAGCGCCAGUUGAAGUAUUUUAACGAAGCAGAUUAGGAUGGGACGGACGCCAUAAGAUGACAGAAGGCUCGGGUUACCUGCGGGCUGGCCCAUGAAAGUGUUCCUGCUCGCCUUAUUCCGUUCCUCCUUUUGGCCUUAUCCAGCCCUUUCACCCCCCACAGCCCUCACAUCUGGCUUCUGUUGUGCCUUGUCGUUCCGCUCCGUAACGCGUCCGCAGCGACGUGGUCGUGUACGGAAUAUUCUAGAGCUGCAACUAACACUUAUUUUUUCCGUCGAUGAAUCCGAAGCUCGUCGUUUGGAUUAAAGACGCCGUCGGUUAGGCGCUGGACCGGGGGUGUCCAGACUUUUUCCACCGAGGGUCGCACAUUGAAAAGUCAAAGGAUGCGGGGGCCACUCUUGUGCAAAGACUUAGUUUUUUUAUAUUUGAAGAAAAAAGAACCGCCUGCGUCUCGGCUUUGUUGUCAGUGGCAAAGCGUGUUCUUUUUUAUUUUUUUUUGCUUUUUUUUAAAUCUCUACAAAUACUUUUUUCUCGUAUUAUUUUGAUUUUAUUCUCAUAUUUUGACUUUGUCAUUUUUUUUCCAACCUUAUUUUCCAAAACUUGCAACUUUAUUCUGUGUUGUUUGUCAUAUUUCUCCUGUAAUAUUUCAACUUUAGUGUGUUCUCUUAAUAUGAUCACAUUAUCCCCAAAUAUUUUGUCUUUAUUCUCAUGAAUGCUUUUUUCCAUUCCCCCACCCCCCCCAUAUUUUGACUUCAUGCUAUUUUUUUCCUCUUAAUAUUAUGACUUUAUUCUGCUAAUGUUUAAUCUUUAUUCUCCUUUUUCCAUUGUUGCUGUUUUUAUUUUAAUUUUGUUGAAGGGUAUAUUACAAUGUGUUGAGGGGGGAGGAUACAGGAAAAUAAAAAUGUUUUUUAAAGCAAAA